AUGCCUGAGUUUCUAACGUCAUAUUGCGGAGAACGAUAUCAUUUGCGUGACUAUAGGGGAGCAAUGAACUCACAAGGUCAUGGGGAGAUAUUCAAUUAUACACAUUUUGCGUUGCGUAAUGUUAUUGAAAGGUGUUUCGGGGUAUUAAAACCUAGAUUUCCUAUUCUCAAAGAUAUGCCUCCAUGUGAUUUUAAAAGACAAAAGUAUAUAGUUUUGUCUUGUUGUGUUGUCCACAAUUUCAUCAACAUGUGCAAGGCAGGAGAUCCUUUAUUUAUACAUUAUGCAGAUAAAAAUGUAGAGCUUGAUGAUGAUGGAGUCACCACCAAUGGGUCUGAGGACCAAGUAACUCUUAGUGUUAGUCAAAGUGAACUUUGUCGCAUGGCCAAAUUUCAAGAUCGUUUGGCCAAAUGGGAGAAAAUAAAUCCUCAAUAA